AUGCUGUAUGGCCUGGUCAACCUCCCCUCUGUAUUCCAGGACUUCAUGUGUGAGGUGCCCCGGGAAUUUCUCCUUCGAUCUGUUGUGGUCUACAUCGACGACAUCUUGAUCUACUCCCGGAGCCUAAGCGAACAUCACCAACAUGUUGCGGAGGUCCUCCAAGGACUUUGUGAAUUCAACCUCUUCCUCAAAGCUGAGAAGUGUCAAUUCCAUCAGUCUGAGAUCCAGUUCUUCAGUUACAUCGUCAAGGAGAACGGUAUCGCCAUAGACGAGAGGAAGGUGGAAGCUAUCCGCAACUGGCCCAUUCCCAAAACUGUGAAAGAACUUCAAAGAUUCCUUGGUUUCGAUAACUUCUAUCACCGCUUCAUUCUCUACUACAGCUCCAUUGUCAGUCGACUCACAUCCCUUCUCCAUGGAUGCACAACUGUCAUUGGCACUGACAUCAGACUGGUGAAUGGCAGUGACUUCUGUUCUGGACGAGUGGAGGUUCUCUAUAAUGGAACAUGGGGAACAGUGUGUGAUAAUGGCUGGGAUCUGUCAGAUGCUGCAGUGGUGUGUAGAGAGAUGGGAUGUGGGAAUGUGAUAGAGGCAAAGAGUUCUGCUUAUUUUGGACAAGGAUCAGGACAGACAUGGAUGGAUGAUGUAAAGUGUGCUGGGAAUGAGUCUACACUAAAAACCUGUAGGACACCUGGAUGGGGAAGACAUAACUGUGGACAUCAUGAAGAUGCUGGAGUCAUCUGCAACUCUGUCAGGUUGGUAAACGGCAGUGACUCCUGUUCUGGACGAGUGGAGGUUCUCUAUAAUGGAACAUGGGGAACAGUGUGUGAUGAUGGCUGGGAUCUGUCAGAUGCUGCAGUGGUGUGUAGAGAGAUGGGCUGUGGGAAUGUGAUAGAGGCAAAGAGUGAAGCUUAUUUUGGACAAGGAUCAGGACAGAUAUGGAUGGAUGAUGUAAAUUGUGCUGGCACUGAGUCCUCAAUAAAGAACUGUAGGACACCUGGAUGGGGAAGACAUGACUGUGAGCAUUAUGAAGAUGCUGGAGUCAUCUGCAACUCUAUAAAGCUGGUUAAUGGCAGUGACUCCUGUUCUGGACGAGUGGAGGUUCUCUAUAAUGGAACAUGGGGAACAGUGUGUGAUGAUGGCUGGGAUCUGUCAGAUGCUGCAGUGGUGUGUAGAGAGAUGGGAUGUAGGAAUGUGAUCGAGGCAAAGAGUGAAUCUUAUUAUGGACAAGGAUCAGGACAGAUAUGGAUGGAUGAUGUAAAGUGUGCUGGGAAUGAGUCCUCACUAAGGCACUGUAGGACAUCUGGAUGGGGAAUACAUGACUGUGGACAUCAUAAAGAUGCUGGAGUCAUCUGCAACUCAGUCAGGUUGGUAAACGGCAGUGACUCCUGUUCUGGACGAGUGGAGGUUCACUAUAAUGGAACAUGGGGAACAGUGUGUGAUGAUGACUGGGAUCUGACAGAUGCUGCAGUGGUGUGUAGAGAGAUGGACUGUGGGAAGGUGAUAGAAGCAAAGAGUGCUGCUUAUUUUGGACAAGGAUCAGGACAGAUAUUGAUGGAUGAUGUUCAGUGUUCUGGGAAUGAAUCUACACUAAAAAACUGUUCAUCAAAUGGAUGGGGAGUACACAACUGUAGUCAUCAAAAAGAUGCCGGAGUCAUCUGCCAAUCUGUCAGGUUGGUGAAUGGCAGUGACCCCUGUUCUGGACGAGUGGAGGUUCUCUAUAAUGGAACAUGGGGAACAGUGUGUGAUGAUGACUGGGAUCUGUCAGAUGCUGCAGUGGUGUGUAGAGAGAUGGGAUGUGGGAAUGUGAUUGAGGCAAAGAGUGGUGCUUAUUUUGGACAAGGAUCAGGACAGAUAUGUAUGGAAGAUGUAAAUUGUGCUGGCACUGAGUCCUCACUAAAAACGUGUUGGACAAGUGGAUGGGGAAUACAUGACUGUGAGCAUUAUGAAGAUGCUGGAGUCAUCUGCAACUCUAUAAAGCUGGUUAAUGGCAGUGACUCCUGUUCUGGACGAGUGGAGGUUCUCUAUAAUGGAACAUGGGGAACAGUGUGUGAUGAUGGCUGGGAUCUGUCAGAUGCUGCAGUGGUGUGUAGAGAGAUGGGAUGUAGGAAUGUGAUCGAGGCAAAGAGUGAAUCUUAUUAUGGACAAGGAUCAGGACAGAUAUGGAUGGAUGAUGUAAAGUGUGCUGGGAAUGAGUCCUCACUAAGGCACUGUAGGACAUCUGGAUGGGGAAUACAUGACUGUGGACAUCAUAAAGAUGCUGGAGUCAUCUGCAACUGUGAGUUUAAAACAUUCAUAAUUGAAGCACAAAUUUAA